AUGAUUUGCAAGCUGCAGACAAACAUACUUGGUAAUCAACCUAAUCAAGCAUUUACACAGGAACCUGCAUUUAAGGAGAAACGUUUGAAAAAAUGUCCCGAGUAUAUACUUGGACAAACGAUGUUGGAAAAUGCAACAGAGGAUGGUCUUAUGGGUUUUACUCUUUUAGAAUGUGGAAGGGCACAAAUGUCAUUAGCUAAUGAAACGGUUGAACAUGAAGCAAAGGUAGAACAAUAUGUUGCAGCUCCAUUACAGCAUAUUUUAGAUACUGACAUUCCAAAUAUAUUGAAGCAUAAGAGAAAUUUGGCACGAUUAAUUUUGGACAUGGACAGUGCAAGAACGCGCUAUCAACAAGCUAGCAAGCAUAAUGCUGGAACUGGUGCAACAAAAGCAGAUAGCUUAAGAGAAGAUUUAGAAGAGGCUGAGUCUAAAGUCGAACAAUGCAGGGAUCAACUAGCUGCAGAAAUGUUUCAAUUAAUGUCGAGAGAAACAGAACUAGCGCAGACUAUCAUACAAUAUGUCAAAUUGCAAAGAGCAUAUCAUGAAAGUGCUUUACACUCUCUUGAAGAUCUUAUUCCUGGAUUAGAAAGUUAUAUCAAUAAUAAUGAAAUGAAACCUGUUUAUGGUUAUCCUCUUGAAGAACAUCUUAGAGUAACGAAUAGGAAAAUAGCAUUACCUAUACAAUUAUGCGUAUCCGCAUUACUGCGUUUAGGAAUGGAAGAAGAGGGUUUAUUUAGAGUAGCCGGUGCUGCAUCUAAAUCUCGUAGAAUUAAGCUAAGUUUAGAUGCAUGCUGUUUGACUUUAUCAACAGCUUUAGAAUACAAGGAUCCUCAUGUUAUUGCUGGUGCAUUGAAGUCUUAUUUACGUGAACUUCCAGAACCUUUAUUAACAUUUAAAUUGUAUCCUGAAUGGAUGGCUGCUGCUAAAAUAACACAAAAUGAAGUUAGGUUACGUGCGCUCUGGGAAGUACUGCACAAGCUUCCGUCUGCAAACUUAGAAAAUUUGCGAUUCCUAAUUAAAUUCUUAGCAGUAUUGAGCAAAAACCAGGAUAUAAAUAAAAUGUCACCUCAAAACAUAGCAAUCGUAAUAGGUCCUAACUUGAUUUGGAGUCCACAAGAAGAUGUAAAUACAAUAGUGUAA